AUGGAGUUCAAACCUUUUUGUUGUUAUGAUGGACUUUUUCUUAUUCUAGAUUUGUCUGAUAAACUCUUUGGACACCUUUUGCUGUGGAACCCCUCCACAAGAGAAUCAAUAGAACUUCCUCGUCCAGAACCUCUACUGGAAUAUUAUGUAUAUGGAUUGGGAUAUGAUGAAACUAGUGAUGACUAUAAGAUCCUUGCAGUUGACCUGAGUGCAUUUUAUGAUCUCUAUGCUAAUGUUUCGGUUGAAAUUCUCUCUCUAAAAAGUGGUUCUUGGAGAAGAAUCGGUGAAAAACAUCCUACUGGCGUUCAUCGUGUUAGAGGUUUUAGGGAUUGUGGCAUGGAUUAUUUGCCAUUUGUACAUGGAGCAUUUCAUUGGCUUGGUAUGUCAGAAUAUUGUAGUGACGUUUAUCGUACUAUUGUUUCAUUUAAUAUUUCAAAUGAGGUGUAUGGAGUGAUACCGUUGUCGGAGCGAAUGUGCAAUAUACCCCACCUUCUGAACAUCGACCCCCACGUUGUGAUCCGCGACCAUGGUGUUUCAGUAUUGGGAGGAAUGCUUUGCUUUUAUUCUACAUAUAAUGCUUGCCAUGGGCGCACUUUUAAGUUGUGGGCAAUGAAAGACUAUGGUGUUUAG